ACCGGGCUGACCUCAAGGCUUGUUUGAGUGCUCCCGAUGGCUAUGAUCCGGACGGCGAGCCUACUGGUGCUCCGCUGCAGCCAACCAAGGGAGGCAAGAACGGAGGAUUGUCCAUUCGGCCGCACAAGCUGUCAGCCGAGGCGUCGAAGAAGAUGCUCGCCACGGCUGCCCAGGUCGCCGGCGCGACCCCAGAUGAGGCCCAAGCCCGCGCGAACCAUGCCGCCGCCCAGGCGCAAGCCGUGCAAUCGCUAGGAAACGGCACGCCGGUUUCUCAGCGUCCGAAAAAGCGUUUGCCUUCUCGCAAGCGCUCGUCUCAGCAUCCGGACAUGCCUCAACAGCCCGAAGUUAUACCGCCAGUCCCUCCGAUUCCGGACAUACACCGCCAGUCACCGUCAUCACAGCACAUGAUGUCGCACGGCCAGCCUCAACCGAAUCCAAUGCAUUCGCCUCUGAGUGGGGGUUAUCAUAUGCCACCCGACUAUGCGCAAGCGCAUCAUCCUCCUCCAGGGAUGCCGUCACCGACAUAUGGCUAUCCCACAACGUCUUCCGGCCCUCCCAUGGAGUACGGCGCUGCACCCACCCAAAUGGCCUAUGGAUACCAUCCAGCACCUGGUCACCAGGGCUUUAUACCGCACCCGGGCAUGUACCAACCACAGCAUCAGCCGCCGCACCCCUCCACGGAACCGCGGCGCAUGAUGCCGCCCAACGAAGGCAGCAGCAUGAGCAAUAUGGGAAUGUGAGCGUCGCUCUGGGCUUCCUCACGCGGAAUACCCUCCAUUUCG